AUGGUAGUCCCCGACUUUGCCGACACGGCAGCGUUCCCGACGUUUGCGGGCCUCCCCGAGAUCGUCACCACCGCUUCUCAGGAACAACAAGCCGAAAACAACAACAAAGAGGAGGACUGGUUCCUGUUGGGCCAGAUCAAAGACGACAUGACCAUCACGCAGCCGACACUGGUACUCUUCGACCGCGCCGGGUCGCCGUUCGCGCUCAUGUUCGACGGGCUCGGGCCGGGCGCCGUCGACUUCCGCGCGCGCGGCCUGCGCAAGGGCUCCACGGCCGUCGUGCCGCGCGCCCACCGCACCCCGCCCAAGGACGAGUCCAAGCGCGGCUUCGUGGCCCUCGCGCCGGAGGAUGCGGGAUCUGUGCGUGCCGUCCCCGGACCCCUGCCGCGCGUCAUCGAGUUGGGCAAGUGGUUGCGCGAGCGGCGUGCGGCUGGCGCCGUCGGGUGCGACGGCUGCUGGCGCGAGGAUGGCGAGAUGAAGAAGUGUACGGCCUGCGGGGAGCUGCAGUAUUGUGGGAAGGAAUGUCAGGCCAAGGCGUGGAACGACAGCCACAAGAUAGACUGCAAGAUGAUCAAGGCGAUCGAUGCGAUAUGGAAGCACGAUGAUUGA